AUGAAGCUACCAGAAGUAUCAGAAACUCAGAACGCUCGCGAUAAGAGGGUUGAGCAAUUAUGGAGAAAGUUGGAUACAAAAAAGAAAGGCGAAAUUGAUCUGCCAGAGCUUCAAAAGGGGCUGCGGAGGAUCGAUCAUCCUUUGAAGGAUGCCAGUGAUAUGCUAAGAGAUGUAGUAAAGGCUAUGGAUAAGAAUGGGGAUGAAGUUAUUCAAUAUGAGGAAUUUCGAACUUUCGUCGAGAAAACGGAAAAAGAGUUGUUCAUCCUCUUCCAAGGCAUUGACAGGGACCAUGACAAUAGAUUGGAUAAAGAUGAAUUGCAAGUUGCAUUCGAGAAAGCUGGACUUACCAUUUCAAGGUCUAAACUAGACCUAUUCUUCACAGAAGUUGAUUUGAAUAAUGAUGGAUUUAUAUCAUUCGAUGAAUGGAGAAACUUCUUAUUAUUUCUACCCGCUACAGCUUCUACCCAACCUCUGAAAGCUGUACUAUCUUAUUAUCAGUCUGCAGUUUCUGUGAACGCCGAGGGCGAUACUUCAAUUCGAGAAGACAAACUCGAAGGCUUAGGUACCAAAACAAAUUUUCUUAAGCUUCUUUUUGGGGCCGUUGUUAGUAUCGCACAACCGCCUGUCCGCACUCCCAGAAUUCAUGUUGAAGAAGUACUUUCACCCACAACCUCCCACAACGAAACUGCAAAUAUGGGCUUGUUAAAUAUACGACCACUCAAUCCUGUUGACUCUAUUAAUGAAGAAUUUGACCCUAAUGACAACCUAAAUUGUUCACGCACUAAAAUGAUAGCUAAUGUUCUGAGGGGACGUCAUGGGCAAGAGUCGACCCAUAAAGUUUCUCAAAAGAUGGAGCCAAUCAAGAGAUCAAGGCUGACGGAGAUAUUACCUGAUCCAGGCUACUACGCUGCGGGUGCUAUCGCUGGAAUUGUCUCCCGUACAGCAACGGCUCCUAUUGAUCGCUUGAAAGUUUACCUUAUCGCCAAUGUCUCAAAGAGUGUGCCUCUCGAAGCUGCGAAGCAGGCAAAUGCGACUACAGCUUCUAAAAUGGCUGGGAAGCCCUUAGCCCUCGCUGUCAAGGAGCUAUGGAGAGCGGGUGGUAUACGCAGCUUAUUCGCUGGUAACGGCUUGAACGUCAUCAAAGUUAUGCCCGAAAGUGCUAUCAAAUUUGGUUCAUUUGAGGCUGCGAAGAAACAUGUAGCUCAUUUAGAAGGACAUGGUAACAUUAAGAAGAUUAGCCCUUACUCAAAGUUUGUCGCGGGUGGUGUCGCUGGAAUGAUGUCGCAAUUAUUCGUUUAUCCAAUCGAUACCUUGAAAUUCCGAAUGCAAUGCGAAACUGUUGCCGGAGGCCUUCGCGGAAAUGCCCUUAUCGCCGCUACCGCAAAGCAGAUGUACAAACAGGGUGGGAUUCGGUGCGCCUAUAGAGGUUUGACAAUGGGUCUUGUUGGCAUAUUCCCCUAUUCCGCUAUCGAUCUCGCUACGUUCGAAACUUUGAAGAGUCACAUGGCACAUCGAAAUAUGGCACGUUUUGGUUGUAGUGAGGAGGACGCAACACCAGGUCCUUUUGUUACAGGAGCCAUUGGUGCAUUUUCUGGAGCGUUCGGCGCAAGCGUAGUCUACCCACUCAAUCUCCUCCGCACUCGAUUACAAGCUCAAGGCACGAUUUUACACCCCCCAACUUACACAGGUAUUAUGGACGUUGCGCAGAAAACUCUCAAGAAUGAAGGUUUCCGCGGCUUGUACAAGGGACUUGCGCCAAAUUUAUUCAAGGUCGUACCCGCUGUCAGCAUCACGUAUGUUGUCUACGAACAAGCGAAAAAGACCAUGGACUUGAACUGA